AUGCUUCCCGAAGCGUUUGCCGAACUUAUUAUUGAUUUGGAUGAUUGUGAUAGUGAUAGCCGUUUGCAUCUAAAUUAUACUGACCCAUAUGUAUACGUGCCUUUGGAUCGAUCACCUAGAUGGUUCCUUGAUGAUAAUUUAAACCGAGCUGCUUUCGCUUAUCUUCGAGGCGACUACAUCGCCGCAAUGGAUAUGUACUUCUCUUUGUUAAAAAAUGAAACAAAGAACGGCAGUAGCAACUCCAAUUUUGCCUUAAUCGAUUCUGUUAUCCGAUGUGGCUUAAAAAUUGCUCCAAUAAAUGGUCCUCAAUUGUUCUUUUUGCUUCAAAAACUACAUGCAUUGGUAUCAACAUAUGAUGAACAGUUACAAUACUGGAUAGAAAGUCUAGAGGUGUAUUUAGCAACUGGAAUCGGUACCAGCAAUUAUUUACGAAAUGCAGUUUUAUUAUGUGCCAGUAUUGAUUCACCAGAAUUUUGGAUCUCAAUUUCAAAAAAUGCUCCAGAUCUUUGUGCAAAUUUCCGAAUUGGAUCAUUAUGCCGUGCUGUUUGCAUUUUGGAAAAUUUGCUGCCAUCCAAGGCUAAAUGUUUCCAUCCUCAUAACUUGAAGCUGAUGAAAGUAGAACUCCAGAGCCUUUGUAAUGAAGGGAAGUUAUCCGAAGCAAAAGCAGCCAUAUGCGCCGAUCUUAUAAAAAGCGAAAAGACUAACACAACAGGAGUUAACCGUCCUUUCUUUUGCAAGGGUGUUCUCAAGGACAGGAAAGCUGAAGACGUUAUAAUACUUGAAUUCACUCAUCGUUUUUACUGGCUGUUUAGUGAUGUAAACCAACAGUUAGUUAAUGCCAUGUUGCAGAUAUCAUAA